AUGGCCGCCGCGACAGACAACAACUCGAUGAAUGCGCUGCGAUUCCACGGGCAGCGUGAUUUGCGAUACGAGAGGAUUCCGGUACCCCAAGUCAAAGCCGGGCAAGUCAAAACUGACGUUGCUUUAUACCUCCACGAAUAUUUGGGUGGCGCGAAUCUCUGCCCUACAACGCCCCACCCAAUCACCGGGGAGACGGUUCCACUAACCUUCGGACAUGAGUUCAGUGGCACAGUAGAGGAAGUCGGCGAGGGUGUUACUGACUACAAAGCCGGUGAUAGAGUUGUCAUCCAGCCCAUCAUCUACGACGACACCUGCGGCGCCUGCGAGGAAGGUCUGCAAAACUGCUGCUGGUCCAACGGCUUCAUCGGCCUGUCUGGUUGGGGCGGUGGUCUUGCGGAUCACAUCGUCGUUCCAACCUCUACCCUAUAUCAUCUCCCUGACAAUGUUCCACUCGAGAUUGGUGCGCUCGUCGAGCCCCUCGCUGUCGGCUGGCACGCAGUCAAGAUCAGCCCUUUCAAGAAAGACGAUGUUGCUUUGGUUUUGGGAGGUGGGCCCAUCGGUAUAUCAACAAUCCUAGCCCUGAAGGCUAAAGGCUGCGAUCGGAUCAUUGUCUCAGAAGUGAGCAGAAAGAGACAGGAGUUUGCGAGAAAAUUCGGAGCGCACUACAUCAUUGACCCCACCAAGGAAGACCUUGCCAAGCGCUGUCGCGAACUCACCGGAGGCAAAGGUGUACACGUAGUCUACGACUGUGCUGGCGUUCAGGCUGCUCUCAACCAGGCCGUACAUGCCACCCGUGCUCGAGGCUGCAUCGUCAACAUUGCCAUAUGGGAGAAGCCUUGCACGAUCUUCACCAACGACUUCAACUUCAAGGAGAGGACUUACAUGGGCAUUGCGACUUACGAGAUCGGCGACUUCCAGGAAGUGAUUGAUGCGCUGAGCAGGGGAGAUAUGGACCCGAAAGAGAUGAUCACACAGAGGAUUGCUCUUACCGAAGUUGAAGAGAAGGGGUUCAAGAGCCUGAUCAACGACAAGGACAACCAGGUCAAAAUUCUGGUGGAGGUUGGCGGGGGUGCGUAG